UAUGUUAUUAACAUUUCAUGUUAAUAAUCAUUUAGUCUAUUUAAAUUAUUUCGUAAAAGUAAAACAAAACGAACACAUAAAAUAGGUUUAUUAUGAAAAGAGGUUAUUAUGAAAAAGAUAAUAAUUCUUUUUUAUUUUUUUCGUGUGUGCUUGUCCAGUCAGCCAGUGACGGAUUUGAAAGAGGACGUUUCAUAUUUAUCGGAGAUAAAAGAUGACGAAGUUGAUUUUAUUGGUGGUUGUGAAAUAUUGAAUGGCUCGCUGUUUAAGACUGUACAAAAAUAUUACUGUCGAGCAGAGAUCAAAGGAGAAUCCGACUUUCUACUAUUUGGAACGAGAGCUUGGACAUUUCCUGCACAAGACGUAACUCUCAGCCUGAGUUAUCCUUCGGAAAAUCACAGAAACGAUGAAAACGAGGAUUUCGGGUACAUCCUGACGAAGCUUAAAGUAAUCGUCCGACACGACGGAGUUUCUAGCAAAGGCUAUAUCACUGAGGGUGGAAUGUUACAGAGUCACAUAAGCAUGAAAUUUGAGUUCCGCAACAUUACAAGUAUAACGUACCAGUUCUCAUUGCACGGAAUGCGAAAGAACUUAGCAGCAAACUAUACAGAUAACUUCACUUCAUUGUUUCAAUUAUGUUAAUAAAAAUAUUCAAACCGUCA